CGUUCUCCCCUUUACUGCUGCACCGGACGCCCACUUUCCUCCUCAUCCUCUUCUCCUCCGCCUCCCCCUCCCCCUCCCCCUCCAUUUCACUCUUUCCCUACCUUUCCCCCUCUCACCAUCUGGAUCUCCAUUGCUUCGAUCUCCGAUCUCUCCCUGUACCUUGCAGUUCCAACCAUGGUGUCUUCUUCAUCCUCCAUGCCAGCGGUGUCGCUCACCGCACCAGAAGACAUCGCGCCUCUCCCCCUUAUCCGGUGCCCCAGAUGCAACCUUGGUGUGAUCCAGUGGUUCAUCUCUGAGACCUCACUCAAUCCCGGUUGCCAUUUCUACAAGUGCGAGUUCCGCGAUACUGGGCGUUGCAGCUUCUGGAAAUGGGAGAACAAGUACAUCGACUACCUUCGCGCUCGUUGGUCCCAUGUGUUUCUUCCCGCAGCUCCUCCUCCACAUGAAGCGCCCACCUUGAUCCUGCGUGAGAUUCAGUAUGACAUCAAGAUCGCACUCGCCGUCGCCCUGGGUACUCUUGCUGCCGUAAUGACGCUCCUAGUCUCAAAAAUGUAGUUCUCCAUGAAUGAUGUAAUAGGUUAGGUUUAUCUAAUUAGCCUAAUCAGCACGCCAAGUUGUUGUCGAUCCAUGUAAUAGUUAGUUCUGAACCUGGCAGUCCCCACUAAGCUAGCUCUGACAGCCCUCUGUUAAUUUUAAAUGAAGUCAUACAGAGGUGCUUAUGUAAAAUAUGGAAUCCAAUAUAGCAUGAUUCUCUAUUUUCCUGAUGUUUAUCGUUCAACAAGUAUCACAUUCACAUUACACCGUUAUAAUCAAUCAUAAAGCAUAUCUGCAAACAGCCACAAAAGUUAAUGUUAUACCUUUACCUGUUUACAGUCAUAGAAAACCAGAAUAAGAAUCGAUUGCCUCUGAUCCAGCUCAACUGUAACCAUGCAUUAAAUCCCUCGCGUAAAUUCUUACGCAUUUAUUUUUCCUCCAUUCAUUUUUUGCUGCCUUAUCUGCUCUGUGUGCACUUCUGACCUCUCUCCCCAUUCUCUUCUUCCUCUGCUUUCCCCCCCUGCUCUAAGCUGCAACUCAUAGUCCCAUGCAGUUGCUUCGUAUCCGGGUAAAUUUUCUAACACUCACUAUACUUCAUUCGCCUUAUCAGUCUUAUCACAUUUUUCUGAUUUUCAUUUGCAGAUUCACAUAACAUGUCUGCACCACAGCCCUUCGUCAAUGCAGAUCGAGACCCUCUUGAAGAUCCAGAUUUCUUCAACUCACACUCCACCGCCCCAACCUCAACAUCUCGAACGUCUCUUCAGAAGGUACUUUCAGUCACAUCUAAUUUUGACAAGUACAAAGCUUUUCUUGUUCAAGAGAUGGAUUGGGGUGGUAUCCUCAAAAUCAGACCACUCCCAAGGAUUAAUCUGAAAUUCAGCAAAUGGUGAUGAAUAGAGUGGACACGAUCACCAGGUCUAUAAAUCUUGAUAAUCUCCGAACUCUGAGGUUUACUGAUGUUGAUGUUCACAAGGUAUUUGGUAUACCAUGUGGGCAACUAGACAUUGCAUUACACGAGCAACCGAAUGAAACAACCGUAAACAUUAUACGUGGAGCCCUUGGCAUGCCUGAGAAGGGAAAUCAGAUUUUGAAAGCAGCAGAGAAAGUUCUAUGUCAUCCACUUUCUGAAAAACUAUCAUCAACUAUCAAGAAAGACAGUUUUAAGAUGGCACUAGUUAUCUUUGUUAUGGGUCACUUACUCACCCCCAGCAACAAGCAUGACGCUGCUCCGAUUGAUUACUGGGCAGGAAUUGUUAACCCAUAGAGAAUAUUUGAUUUUAAUUGGUGCGAAUAUGUUUUACGAGAUCUGAUGAAAGUUGUAUCUAAGUUAAAACUUGACAUCCUUAACAACCGACCCGUCACACACUUAGAAGGUUGUCAUAUUUUCCUUCAGAUUUUCAACCUUGACAAUGUUGAUUUAAGAAUUUUCAACAUGUCCCGCAACACACUCCCAAGGAUAUCUGUAUUCAAACUAUCAUCUUUCCGUAGGAUGAUCCUACAGUGCAGCAACCCUUCAAAGCAGAUCGAAGAUUACUCAAAUGUCCGAAUUCGCCCAGCUGCUGAUAUUUGCUACAAACGAGCUCUUUGGGAUUCUACACCAGACAUUCAGACUCCUAGAGUAAUUACAAAACCUACACUAAGCAACCACCCAAGUCUGCAGCAGACUCCUCCUCAACAGAAUCUACGCCAGUCCGGUCCUUCCCUUAGCACUGGAUCAUCGGGACAGAGCAGGACCAACACAAAUGCACCCGCACAACUUUUUCGCAGUCCGCGUCCAUCAAGUGCGAAUGACUUCGCUAUUCACAUGAAGGAUAACUAUCCUAAUUUGGUAUACACCGAGGUUGGUAUAGUGUUAAAAAAGCACAACGCCAUAACAUUCAAGAUGAUAUAUGAUGCUAGAGAAAAUGUAUUCACUACAACAAAAAAAAGACACAUCCGUGACAUUUUGGGCCGAACGGAAUUUUCUUCUGUCAUACAUAUGACACUUCUAUGACGAUAAUUGUGACAAAACCCGGUAUCAUCAUAGAUGUGGUGGGCUCCUA